AUGGCUCCCAACAUGCGGCCCUUUGCUGCCGCCAACCUCGUGUCGCAGGUCGGCCGCCGCGCCUUCACCACCCAGCGCCCGUCUCUUAUCGCCAGCAGAGCUCAAUGGACCCCGCGCCCCAUCCAGCACCAGAUUGCCCUGCGCCAGUCUGUCCGCCGGGCUGCCACUGAUGCGAAGCCGCCCAAGCCCAAGAGGCGGUUCCGCCUGCUGCGCUGGACAUGGCGGCUCACCCAGCUCUCCGCUAUCGCUGGCCUGGGCUACGUUGGCUACGGCAUCUACGAAAUGCGCAACCCGCACGACCAGCCGGAGCCCGACGCGAGCAAGAAGACGCUUGUCGUGUUAGGUACCGGCUGGGGCGCUGUCUCUCUCCUGAAGAAGCUCGACACGGAGAACUACAACGUCAUCGUCGUCUCGCCGCGCAACUACUUCCUCUUCACCCCGCUGCUGCCCUCAUGUACCGUCGGCACCAUCGAGCACCGCUCCAUCAUGGAGCCCAUCCGCAACUUCUUGCGCCACAAGAAGGCCGCCGUCAAGUACUACGAAGCCGAGGCCACCAAGAUCGACUACGAGAAGCGCAUCGUCUACAUCAACGACGAUUCUGAGAUCAAGGGUGACUCCUCUGCGACUGAGGUUCCCUUUGACAUGCUCGUCGUUGGUAAAGGUAUUCCCGGUGUGCGCGAGAACGGUCUAUUUCUGAAGGAGGUCGGCGAUGCCCAGCGCAUCCGUGCCCGCAUCAUGGACUGCUGCGAGACUGCGACCUUCAAGGACCAGUCCGACGAGGAGAAGAAGCGUCUGCUACACAUGGUCGUUGUUGGAGGUGGACCUACUGGUGUCGAGUUUGCUGGCGAGCUCCAAGACUUCUUCCACUCCGACUUGAAGAAGUGGCUCCCCGAGAUCAAGGAUAACUUCCACGUCACUCUCGUCGAGGCCCUCCCCAACGUCCUGCCCAUGUUCUCCAAGCAGCUCAUCGACUACACCGAGAAGACCUUUGACGAGGAGGCCAUCACCAUCCGCACAAAGACUAUGGUCAAGAACGUCGCUCCCAAGUACAUUGAGGCCGAGUCUGUCGGCCCCGAUGGCAAGAAGCAGCUCGAGAAGAUCCCCUACGGCCUCCUCGUCUGGGCCACCGGUAACGCACUCCGCCCCGUCGUCAAGGACCUGAUCAACCAGAUCCCCGCACAAAAGGACUCGCGCCGCGGUCUCGCCGUCAACGAAUACCUCGUCGUCAAGGGCACCGAAAACGUCUGGGCCGUCGGCGACUGCGCCGUCGCAAACUACGCCCCCACCGCCCAGGUCGCCGCCCAAGAAGGCGCCUUCCUCGCCCGCAUGUUCAACAACAUGGCCAAGACACAAGAAAUCGAUGCCCAACUCGCCGAGCUCUCCAUUGCCCAAGAAAAGGCCCCCGGCAAGGAGGCCCGCGACAAGAUCUUCGAGGAAAUCAAGAACCUCCAGAAGCGCCUGCGUCGCGUCAAGCAAAUUGGUCCCUUUGAGUACUCCCACCAGGGUUCCCUUGCGUACAUUGGUUCCGAAAAGGCUGUCGCCGAUAUCUCAUGGUUCUCUGGAAACAUUGCGUCUGGUGGAACCGUGACAUACAUAUUCUGGCGGUCGGCAUACCUCAGCAUGUGCUUCAGCACGCGCAACAGGGUGCUUGUCAUCAUGGACUGGGUCAAGGCUAAGGUCUUUGGCCGCGAUGUGUCGCGUGUCUAAACCAGCCUCUGCUUUGGACGAGAAAACGGCGUCCUGGAUCCUGCAAAAAGUGCUGCUUUGACGUACAUAUACCUCAUGGCUUUCUGUGCGACUACCUCUGUACAACUAAAUCUACCUGGGUUUUCGGCGCGGGGAUUGUCAUCCUCCUAUUUUUCUCCUUUUCUCUCUUUGACUUGUUCGGCGUUGAGCGGGCUGUGUGCGUGUGUGUGCAUAUGAUAGAGUUGGGAACUUUCCUCAUGUGUAUGUAGUUGUAGCAAGAUUUAGACUUGGGGCGCGGUGGAUUACUUGCAAUGCGAAAAGACAUUUUCAAUCAACUGGAA